AUGUCUCUCGCGCGCUUCAGAGGUGCGCUUUCGCGCGCAAAUGGCUUGUCACGGCCGCAAUGGCAGACCGCACGAGCGCUCUCGAGCUCCGCACUCCGCACUGCCAAAGCUGAUGAUGAGCUCAACUCUGUCAGUAAGAAUAUCACGCAGCCCAAGUCGCAGGGUGCCUCGCAGGCGAUGCUCUACGCCACCGGUAUGAGUGAGGCGGAUAUGAACAAGGCCCAGGUCGGCAUUUCAUCAGUGUGGUACUCUGGUAACCCUUGCAACAUGCACUUGAUGGACCUGAAUCACAAAGUCAAGGAGGGCGUGGAACGGGCAGGACUGUUGGGUAUGCAGUUCAACACCGUUGGUGUCAGUGACGGAAUCUCCAUGGGUACAAAGGGCAUGCGCUACUCGCUGCAAUCGCGUGAGAUCAUUGCGGACUCGAUUGAGACCGUCAUGGGCGGCCAAUGGUACGAUGCGAACAUCUCCAUUCCGGGCUGUGACAAGAACAUGCCUGGUGUCAUCAUGGCCAUGGGUCGUGUCAACAGGCCUUCGCUCAUGGUGUACGGCGGUACGAUUCAGCCUGGGUGUGCGAAGACGCUCGAAAACCAGCAGAUUGACAUUGUUUCCGCCUUCCAAGCAUACGGCCAGUUCAUCACUGGAGAGAUUACCGAGGACCAGCGAUUCGACAUCAUCAGGCACGCUUGCAACGGACAGGGUGCUUGCGGUGGCAUGUACACUGCCAACACAAUGGCCACUGCGAUUGAGACAAUGGGCAUGUCACUCCCUGGAUCUUCCUCGAACCCGGCCAACUCAAAGGCCAAGAUGAUGGAGUGUCUGGCUGCUGGAGGAGCUAUCAAAAACCUGCUCAAGGAGGACAUUCGCCCAAGUGACAUUCUCACACGCCAGGCAUUUGAAAACGCCAUGGUUGUCAUCAGCAUCACGGGUGGCUCCACAAACGCUGUUCUCCACCUAAUCGCCAUUGCGGACUCGGUAGGCCUCAAGCUCACCAUUGACGACUUCCAAAGCGUCAGCGACCGCAUCCCUCUCCUCGCAGACCUCAAGCCAUCGGGCAAAUACGUCAUGGCCGACGUCCACGACAUCGGCGGCACGCCCUCUCUCCUCAAAUUCCUGCUCCGCGAAGGCCUCCUCGACGGCACCCAAAUGACCGUCACGGGCAAGACGCUCAAAGAAAACCUCGAAAACGUCCGCGACUUCCCGCCCGAACAAAAGAUCAUCCGUCCGCUCAGCGAACCGCUCAAGACUACUGGCCACCUGCAAAUCCUACGCGGCUCCCUCGCCCCCGGCGGCUGCGUCGGCAAAAUCACAGGCAAAGAAGGCACCAUCUUCACGGGCAAAGCAAAAUGCUACAACGCCGAAGACGACUUCAUCUCUGCGCUCGAGCGCGGGGACAUUAAAAAGGGCGAGAAGACGGUGGUUGUGAUUCGGUACGAGGGCCCCAAGGGCGGACCCGGGAUGCCCGAGAUGCUCAAGCCGAGCUCUGCCAUCAUGGGCGCCGGCCUCGGCAAGGACGUGGCGCUCAUCACGGACGGGCGGUUCAGCGGGGGAAGCCAUGGCUUCUUGAUUGGCCAUAUUGUGCCCGAGGCGCAGGAGGGCGGGCCCAUUGGACUGGUGCGGGAUGGGGACGAGAUCACGAUUGAUUCCGAGGCGAAUGAGUUGAAUGUGCAUGUGAGCGAGGCGGAGCUGGCAGAGCGCAGGAAGAGCUGGGUUGCGCCGCCGCUCAAGUAUCAAAAGGGCACGCUGUUCAAGUAUGCGCGGUUUGUCAAGGAUGCUAGUCAGGGCUGUGUUACUGAUUCCGAGUAA